UGUGGUCUGUUAAGUUUGCAAAAUGUUGUUCGUGGUUUUUGUAACUUCUUUUUUAAUAAUAACAAAACAGUGCCGUUCUCAGCAAUGUGUUUCCACCAAUUUUAAACUUGCAUUUAAGAACACUAUUUCUUCCGCUGAUUAUAGACCUUUGUUGGUUAUACAGGAUACUAACUAUGGAAUUACUUUUCAUAAAUGCCUGCAUCUCUGUUCACAAAGCGAACAGUGCAUCGGGUUCUUCCUUUGCAAAGAAAAGGAAAAUUUAUUCGUAUGUCAAACUUGUUGUGAAUGGAAGAAAAUUAAAGGAUAUAGUCUUGGAAACUCUCCUGAUUGCAAAUACAUAGAAAAGGGCUUUACACAAGAAACCAACUUGGCAUUUAACAAAACAGCAAUACUAAGCUCUGAAUAUGGUAAAAAUCACAGUGCCUCUAACGCUGUUGAUGGGAUAAAGAUCUGUCCUUACGGGCUGCGAGCUGGUUCGGACUAUUCUGUACAACCCUGGUUAAUGAUUGACUUAGGAGACACAUACGAUGUACAGAAAAUUGUUAUCUAUGCAAGGAAUGACUAUUAUGCCCUUCAAUUAGAUGCAAUUCGUGUAGCUGUAAUUGGUGGAAACGUCAACUACACUUGUGGAGGGGAAUACCCUGGUCCAACAUCAGAGAAUGACGUCAUACUGUUCAUGUGUCCACCGGAAGUCAGGGGGAACAAGGCAAUUAUAAUGAAAACGACCACGGACCAUCUUACUGUGUGCGAAGUUGAAGUUUACGGAUAACUACGAUAAUCCACAGUCCUUUUAACUUCUCCAGUCAACAGUUGAUUCUAUUGAAUGUUUUAGGGGAUAUUUUUGCCGAAUGCUAUAAUUUGUUUUUUUUAUGAACUAUUUUUCGAGUAUUUUUUUUGGUAGAAUUUACAUUAUUUCUUAAACAAACUAAAAACUGAAAGAUACCGCAUUAGUGUUUUGAUAACUAGAUUACGUAAUGAAAGCUAAUUUAAUUGUUCAUACAUGUAUAAUGCAUAGAUAAUUUUCAUAUUAAAAAUUGUAAUUUUUUUUAAAGAAAGAACAGUUCAGAAAAACACAAAAGUGAAAAAAAUGCUGAUGGUAUUUGCACUUGCCUUAAAGGCGAUGACAAAUUUGAAUUGAAACGUUCAUGGACCAAACAGUUAAAUGCUUUAUAUUGUCAAAAUUGUAAAAUUAAACUCUAAGUAAUAGAUCACAUGAAGAAAAAUCUUCGUCAUGAAGAAUGGGCGGAGCGAAGCGACGCGUAGCCCGUUCUUAAUGACGAAGAUUUCUCUUCAUAUAUAUGAUCUUACUGCCUUAAAGCAAAACCGAAGCCAAUCAAAUCUUUUUUUUAGGAAAAUACUCCGCCCCCUACUGUGUCCAAAUUUUGCCGUUCCUUAAUUGACAUAUAUGGGCCCGAUGUAUUUAUUUACGUGAAAAUCGAACACGUAUUUUUAACGUGGACUUCCAACCAAAUCAUGUUAGAAUGAAUAUGAUUUAAAGGAUAUCGGUUUUGAUUAAAUGGGAUAUUAAGAUUGUGUUAAAUUUAUACAGAUGAUUAAAAACAUACCUUAAAUCUGUACAAGGUAACCAAAUACAUGUAAAGCUGUUUUCUCUCUUUUAUAAAUAUCAAUGCGUCGAAAACUAUGCCCAUGAAACAGUUUUUAAAAAUAACAUCGCUGGUAUCUGAUAUUCAAAACCGUACAACAACUGUGUAUGCGAGAAAAAUGGGGGAAAUUUAUCAUGUGACGGAACAUAUAAAGGUGACAGAAAAUUGUGCUAUUCAAAAAGAAAAAGAAUUAAAUGUGUAAAUAUUGCAAAAAUGAAAUAUUUGCAUGGAUACAUAAUUUGAUAAUGAUUCAGAACCAAUGGUUUGAAUAGAGUUUCAAAGGACUAUGGGCGGUCUGGUCAAAUAUCUGCCCCCAAUUUUAACCAAUUUUUAAACAGAAUCGUAUAAAAAUCAAAUUUGUACAGUGGACGCUUAUCACUUUAAUCUUGAUUUUAGUCAUCAUUGCUCAUUCGCUGUUUUUCUGUGACGUCACCCAAAUGGCCUAAUUCCCGCAAUUUUGCAAACAAAUGAAAAUAUUGGCAUUAUUUCUUUAUAUUUUGCAUUCGAAAAUAUAGAGCGCAGAUCUGCUCAAGUACGAUUUAAACACACGUUUUUCUUCAUAUAAUUAUACACAUUAUACUAAAAAAAAUGGUACUUGAGCAAGCCUGCGCUCGAUGUUUCCCAGUCAAAAAACCAUCAGAAAACACCCACUAUUUGCUACAAAACAUCAAUUUAUCCAAGUAAGGCAAUCUUUAUGACGCCAUUUCUAUUACAAUACUUUCACUUUCAGCCAGCAUACUGUAUCAUCAUGAUCAUCUAUUUUCCUAAUGUAUUAUAAUGCAUCAAAUAUAAUGUAGGCCAUGACCUAUGGGAUUGCUCUGACCCCCAUGAAACAGGAAAAUACCAAAUAUCUUGAUAACUGAUUGUUGAGAUCCACAUCACUAAACCAUAUACAUUCUUGUUUUAAAAGUUAGUAUGAAUCAUCAAAUGGUGUAAAUUAAAGUACAUGACCCCCAGGAGUCCUUAAAUCACCAUUACUCUCCUCUGAAGUAGGAAAUAGUAAUAUAUUUUAAACACUUUUGAGAUCUCCAUCUCUAAACCAUAUUUAUUCAUGCUCUUUGUGCCAUUGCACAUCAGUGGUUUACAGGUAAUGCCCCCUUUGAGACGGACUAACUUUCCAGAACUGGAAAUAAUAAAGUCUAUUAUCUUAUUCAUAUGAAGUGAUUGACCCAUGUGGGUAAUUCCUAGCCUAAUGAUGACCCUGCUUUGUUUUGAGAACUUUACAAUUGCCCAAAAUACAUUUAACAUUUGGUUUAUUAUGUUUAUCAUAAGAAUUGAAAAGCAAUUUCCAAAAUCUUUAUGUAUAAGUUUGUCUCUCAAUACACGCCAUUCCUGAAAUUAAAAACAUUCCAAUAUUUCCAAUAUUUGAAUGGUCUUGCCAAUUAUAUACAAUUGUUGUUUUUCUGGCGUAAACUCGUGUGACAUUUUAUAACCUUACACACUCGAUCAAUAAUACACUCGACUGGAAAAUGGUGUCAUGUGAUAUGUUAGCAGCUAUUCAAUGUAUUGACAGGCAAUUCUUGAUCAGUUUGACACUUUUAACAUGCGUCCAAAAUGCCUGCUUCAAGCCUCGUUUUUGAGCUAAGGAAUAACGAAUCCGAACCGAUUGAACCAUUCAUUUUUAUUUAUAUUUUCGUAAUUAGCCCAAAUUUGGAUCAAAAUUACCCCUUAAUUUAUACAGUUCAUAUUUUCCUUCCAUAAGGAUUAAUGAUGCUUAAUUACAUUGAAUUUGACUCAGUAGUUCUUGAGAAUAUUUUUUAAAUUGCAGCCCUUCUUUUUUACACGUUCGGGGUUUUCUCCGCUUUGAAUGAAAACUGGCUCUUCAAUUUCGCAAAUUAUAUUUAACAUUUCAAAAGCAUUGAUUGUGAUAAAUUGGUCGAAAUUGCCAACGUGGUUUCAGAGAAGAAGUCUUAAAAGUUUACAGACAAACGGACGGACGGACAUACAUAGAUAAUCUCUAUAUAGUAGUAUUAAUAACCAGUAAAAUUAAAUCCAAAAUAUUUUCUAAAAUACACAA